AUUUCUGAGGGUCACACUGUUAUCGAUAAGUCUAUUGACAUCCACUGUCAACUGUCAAAAUUCUUUCUUUUCGUUGAAUUUGCGACGGUAGCCCGCACAACCAAGCAAAAUGAAACUGAACAAGUUUGUGUCGUCGUCGCGCAGGAAGAACCGCAAGCGCCACUUCCAGGCCCCAUCGCACAUCCGCCGUCGUCUGAUGUCCGCACCCCUGUCCAAGGAGCUGCGUCAGAAAUACAAUGUGCGCUCCAUGCCCAUUCGCCGCGACGACGAGGUUCAGGUGAUCCGUGGCCACUUCAAGGGUAACCAGGUUGGCAAGGUCGUCCAGUCUUACCGCAAGAAGUUCGUCGUCUACAUUGAGAAGAUCCAGCGCGAGAACGCCAACGGCACCAACGUCUACGUGGGAAUCCACCCCAGCAAGGUGCUGAUUGUCAAGCUCAAGCUGGACAAGGACCGCAAGGCCAUUCUGGAUCGUCGCGGCAAGGGACGUCUGGCUGCUCUGGGCAAGGACAAGGGCAAGUACACCGAGGAGACGGCCGCUCAGCCCAUGGAGACCGCGUAAAUGCCGGAAGCAGUACCGACCACUUCUUAAACAAUGGGACGUCACUGUAUACAGUUUUUACCAUAACGGAUAAGUUUAUAAAACGAAGCAAACAAAUUCGCGAAAAAAACAAUUUUGUGGAGUGAAAGGCCGCAUUUCUUUAAAAUAAAGAAUAGUUGUUUUUU